AUGCGUCUCGCUCGACGACUCGAGGAGCGGCUAGCGACGCCUGAGCGCGCGCAGGCUUUCCGCAACCAGUACGACAACGACGUGACGGUCUGGAGCCCCCAGGGGCGAAUUCAUCAAAUAGAAUAUGCCAUGGAAGCUGUGAAACAAGGAUCGGCUACUGUGGGGCUGAAAUCGAAGACGCAUGCUGUUCUGGUUGCUCUAAAGAGAGCACAGUCUGAGCUGGCAGCUCAUCAGAAAAAAAUCCUGUACGUUGACAACCAUAUUGGUAUUUCAAUUGCUGGACUUACCGCUGAUGCGAGACUCCUGUGCAAUUUCAUGCGUCAGGAGUGCCUGGAUUCCAGAUUUGUGUUUGACAGACCCCUUCCAGUUUCUCGCUUAGUGUCGCUGAUUGGAAGCAAAACCCAAAUACCUACGCAGCGUUAUGGCAGAAGACCGUAUGGUGUAGGUCUGCUCAUUGCAGGUUAUGAUGAUAUGGGUCCUCACAUCUUCCAGACUUGUCCUUCUGCAAACUAUUUUGACUGUAAAGCAAUGUCUAUUGGUGCUCGUUCACAGUCUGCUCGAACUUACUUGGAGAGACACAUGACUGAGUUUACUGAUUGUAAUCUAAAUGAGCUAGUUAAACAUGGACUGCGUGCCCUGAGAGAGACUCGUCCUGCNNUUCAAAAUUUUACUUGACAGAAUGUUUCCAUUGGAAUUGUGGGCAAAGACAUGGAGUUUACCAUCUAUGAUGAUGAUGAUGUAGCGCUAUUCCUAGAAGGUCUUGAGGAGAGACCACAAAGAAAGCCUGUUCCACCUGCUGAUGAACCUGCAGAAAAGGCAGAGGAGCCCAUGGAGCACUAGUUGGUAGAUUAAUUCAAUUCCUCUGUGUGUUAACCUACGUGUAAUUAUACAGGAACAUGUAUCUGUCUGCUGGUAAUCUUUAUUCUGACCUAUAUGCGUCUUCUACUGACACAUUCUGAGGAUCACUCAAAAAAAA